AUGUUAACUUUAUUGACUUUGUCUAUAUUCUCUUAUGAAGAACUUGAAGAAGAAGAACUAAUACCUUUAUAUAAGAAACCUAAAGAUAAACAAAUACAUCUUUUUGAAGAACUUGAUAAUAAUAAACUAAUAUCUCUUGAAUCUAAAACUAGUGAAUUAUUUCAAACAAAA